AUGUAUCUCAGUCAUAUUCUCCUCGCUAUACUCCCUCUAACCGCUAUCGGUAUCCCAAUCACAAACCCCUCGGCCACAGUUAUGAAGCCUAGAGGGUUUCUUGAUAGCCUCCUCGGCUCUGUUGGCCUCCCAGGUGGGUUGCCUGGGGGCCUACCUGGAGGAUUGCCUGGAAAACUACCCGGAGGGCUACCUGAAGGGCUACCUGGAAAACUACCCGGGAAAUUACCUGAAAAGUUACCAGAAGGGCUACCCGGAGGAGCCGGCCUUGAUGGUCUCCGUAACAGCUUUCUAAGCCCUGACAAUGGCCUCAGCUCCCUUCUCGGAAACAUGGGCAUCAACGGUGAAUUGGGUAUCGUUGGUGGCCUCCUUAAUAGUCUUCUCGGUGGUGGACAGCUCAAAUUCCCAGGUCUCGACCCCUCCAAGCAAAAUGUCAAAGCUGGCACCGUUGUCGCCGCAAAACCCCAAGAUGGGUUCGAAUUCACAAACAUCGAAGUAUUCAGUCCCAAAGUCGGAAUAACAGAUUUUAUACUCCAACUACUCCUCGGCGGUAAAAAGACAACCUGGUUGACCCGCGUACCAACGGGAAGCUCGGUUAAAAGUAUCAGCGGAGCGAAGUUUAAGAUCGGACCGGCUAGUAUUGGGGCUAUUUGUUUUACAAGUGAUAUUACUGAGGGGGUGGAGUUGUUGACUAUACCUUGCAGUAUGACAGUUGUUGGACUGGUAGAAGGGAAACCCGUGGGGGAUUUGAAGCCACGGAGUAUUAUAUCUAGAGCCGUGAAGAGAUACGAUGUUACUCUUGCUGCUUCUCCUACUACUACUGUGGCUCCUGCUACUACUACUACCGCCACUACUACUUCGCCUACUGCUACUCCUUCGAGUGGAGGGUUAGUGGGAGCUAAACCAUUAGAAGUUGAUGAAAUUCGACUGAGUUUUACGGCUCCGGCACCGGAUGGGGAGACUGGUGCGAAAGAAGAAUCACCUAUUAAAUCGGUGGUAUUGAUUUUUAAUUUCAGUUUAUAG